GGAGAGCAGGUGUUGCAGCUUGUGAUGUGUGUGUUUGUGUGUGAUGUGAGUCAGUGUGUGUGUGCCCAUUUGUGGUGUCUUUAGGUCAGCCGGCGUGUUUUCUUCUAUCAGUUUAAGGAGAGAAGCUCAUUCCAGUGUUCUACACUUAGAUGUUUUUGCAGGGUAGAUAGUCGUCCUGUCCUUUGAGGCCUUUCUGUAUCUCAGGCUUCCUUGGGCCUGCUCUCGGCUGUUACAUCUUUCACGACGAUGUCACAAAUAAACAUGAGCGUCCUUUUCGGAACAACUGCGGCCUCCAAUCAGUCUUCCCCCGACAAUCAGGCAUUUGACGGGAUGCCCUUGUGCAGCCAGUCCACCAGGUCCCGGGUGCUUUUCGUGGUGGUCUACAGCCUGGUAUUCCUGGUGGGCUUGCUGUUGAAUGGUGUGACGCUGAGGGUCUACCUGUGUGGCACUGGUACGUCCAGCAGCAUCGGCAUCUACCUAAAGAACCUGGCAGCCGCGGACUUCCUGCUGUGUCUUUGUCUUCCCAUCCGUAUUGCCUAUAACACUACGGAUUCUGCCGGGGUCCGCCUGGUGUUCUGCAACUUUGGAGCAGCAACCUUCUACCUCAACAUGUACGCCAGCAUUCUCUUCAUGGGCUACAUCGCCGCCAACAGGUACUUUAGGAUUGUCCACUCUUCUGGACGUCACCUCCUGCAGUCGGUGAGGACGGCUCGCGUCGCCUCCUUGGUGACCUGGCUGGUCCUUCUCACCAUAACAAGCUCUUACAUCAUCUUGUCACUGGUCACGCAGCAGGCUCCGUCUCCUUCUGAUGGCACAGCGAGCUGCAGCGACCUUCACAGUGAGCAGCUCAGUCUUCUCUACAAGGUCGUCCAUGCCGUCUCCGCCACCAUAUUCCUGCUGGUCUUCCUUGCCCUGCUAUUCUUCUACUACAGCGCCUCCCGCAGGCUGGCAGCAGCACAGCAGCGUCGAGCGUCAUCCUGCGGCGCCAGGAGGCUGGCCAAGGCCCGCCGGAAAAUUCUGGUGCUGGUCAGCGUCUUCUGCGUCUGCUUUCUUCCUUACCAUCUGGUCCGCCUCCCCUACGCGCUCAUACCGCGCCAUUACUGGUGUAAUGUCCAUUACUGGAAGGACGUGACCGUCACUUUGUCCGCCUUCAACGUCUGCCUCGACCCGCUCAUUUACUUCCUUUUCUGCAAGGCCUUCCGUGCUCAGCUGAGACAGAAACAGCACGCCACGGACGUGGACACUUGCAAGAAGACGUCCACUUGUCCUUCUAGUACUUACAAGUCUUGACUGACAAACACGUCCAUCUUUGAUUUCCUGUUUUUUCUAAACAUUGUACUGGGGUCUCCUGUCGCCAUGGUGACAAGCAGAGAUGUCACCCUUCAAAGUGUUCAGAUGUGACCAGCGUCUGUCAAACACUUUUUCUUCUCCCCCCAUUUCUUUUGUUGCUUUUUGUCCUUUUUAGGCUAGCAGGCAGCAGACGGGACAUUUUUGGAGCAGAGCGAGGAAGAGAGGCCGGGUCGUUUCGUGUCGUGGGAACGGUUCUAAAAUAAACACACACACACACACACACACACACACACACACACAGAAACACAACUGCUUUCAAUUUGAGCUGACGUCAUCUUUCCUCCUCCUCCUCUUACAUCUUCCCAUCUUUUUUUGUCCUCACUUUGCUUCUCAACGCUCCAUGAACUAUGACUUCAUUCACAGACUGAUUGAUUGAUUAAUUGAUUGGAAUUUUUUUAUUCUUCCACUAUACGUCAGAGGCGCCCCCUGUUGGUAUGUCAUUACAUUGCCCCCUGCCCCAUCGUACUGCCAUGAAGACAGCUUGGAAGAACACUCAGCAGUUGUUGUCCUCUGAAUGAGACGAGUGUUUCACAGCCUUAUUUCAAAUGCAAAACACAAGAUGCAAGAAUAAAAGUGGCUGUACUGCGGAGAGGACAGGCUUUCCAGUAAUAUGUACUUUCUUGGGGUUUGCCCAAUCAAAUAGAAGAUGUGUCUUCCCAAAACGGCUGCAGUCGUUUGAGGUGGUUUUGGUAGCAAACUUUUAAGAGACUGAAAGCAACACAUUUUUCCCCAUGCUUUUUUGGUGGACAGGAGGAAUCACUCCUACUACUUUUACAUAUACUGUUACAUGACAAACUUGGUUGAUGCCGAAUGGGCAUUUAAGCAACUAUAAAAACUGCAU